GCCCGACACCCAUACUCUGGACAUGCCGAGGUCUCCGAACUUCCCCCGAGCUCGUCCGUGAGAGUGACAGCUCCCAUUGUGAGUAAUCUUGAGACUACACAUCUUCCAGCAUCCAGUCCUUCUGCACGCCUGAUCGUGCGGUGCAUUUGGCGCCAUGUCAGGAGAAAGCGUCGAGCCUCCCUUACGGCAGGCCAAUGGCAACGGCCACAAGGAGAAUCUCUCCGAAAGAACAGCCCGAGAACCCCUUCGCGCAGCUAAUCCCCGACCAAGAAAUCGCCAUCGUCCCCUCCUUCGAGCUCGAGUCCGGCGUCGUGCUGCAGGACUUCCCCGUCGCAUACAAGACAUAUGGCACCCUGUCGCCGCAACGCGACAAUGCCAUGGUCAUCUUCCACGCCCUGACUGGCAGCGCAGAUGUGAAUGAUUGGUGGGGUCCGCUGCUGGGCGGCCCGGGAGACGACAAGAGCCCGCGAAAGGCAUUCGACAUGUCGCGCUUCUACGUCGUAUGCGUCAACAGUCCGGGCAGUCCGUAUGGGAGCGUCAGUCCCGUCACCGCGAGGGACGGGAAUCCGGAAAAUGAGCAGUACGGCCCGGAGUUUCCGUUGACAACCUGUCGAGACGAUGUGCGGAUUACCAAGCUGAUCCUUGACGACUUGGGGGUGCGACAGGUGGCUACUGUCAUCGGCGGCUCGAUGGGCGGGAUGUUGGUGCUGGAAUUUGCGUAUUUUGGCAAAGACUACGUCCGGACCGUCAUUCCCAUCGCAUGCUCAGCAAGAUACAGCGCAUGGGGCAUCAGCUGGGGGGAAGCGCAGCGCCAGGCUAUCUACAGCGAUCCCAAAUACGAAGAUGGAUAUUACGCCUACGACGACCCCCCGGCCACCGGACUCGGAGCAGCACGCAUGCAAGCCAUGCUCACCUACCGCAGCCGCGACUCUUUCGAGACGAAGUUCGGCCGCAACAUCCCCGACCUAUCCAAAAAGCAAACCAUCAACGCCCCCGCGCGCCCACACACGCCCGAAAACGCACACUUCGCCAUCCACAACGAAGGCCACAAAAACGCCGGCUCCCCGCGCUUCGGCCGCUCCUCCAUCGACGGCGCCAUCACCACAGUCCGCGACCCGCAAUUCAACGGCGCCAAAGACCUCCCCGUCGACACCACCGCCCAACAGCAACAGCAACAGCCCAAACGCAAAAUCACCACCUACUACUCCGCGCAAUCCUACCUGCGCUACCAGGGCGACAAGUUCAUCAAGCGCUUCGACGCAAACUGCUACAUCGCCAUCACGCGCAAGCUCGACACGCACGACGUGACGCGCAACCGCACCGACACCUCCGGCUACCCGAGCCAGGAAGACGUGAGCGCCGCGCUGGCGCUCAUCGAACAGCCCACCCUCAUUCUGGGCAUCAAGUCCGAUGGCCUCUUCACGUUCGCCGAGCAGCAGGAGCUCGCGGCCGGCAUUCCGAAUAGCGAGUUGAAGGUCAUCGAAUCUGCCGACGGGCAUGAUGCGUUUUUGUUGGAGUUUCGACAGGUCAAUGGGUUUAUUUUGGAGUUCUUGGACAGGGAGCUGGGCGAUAUUAUGGCGCGGGAGCCUGUGAAUUGGCCGCCGAAGGCGGAGGAUGCGGACGCGGCAGGCAAGGAGGUGAAGGCGAGUACAUUUGGGGAGGCGGAGGUGGAAGACAUCACUGCUUGGUAAUCUACUCUGGCCAUUGAUACCCGUGUUGGAUGAUGUGUAGACGUUGUACAGAGACACGUGUGACAUGAUGACCCACGCACUCGGCAUUAGGCCGAAAUAUGCUUCCACAACAAAUCGGCCUGUACAUACAUGCACA